ACGGAGAAGGCGGAGGAGCUGGAGGGGUGGGGGGGGGGACACACACACCGAGGCUCGGCGGAAACCAAAGCCGGGAGGAAGCGACCUCUGCGCUAAUACGCGUUCCAGGAGGAACCGCCGACAUCCACGAAAAGCCGACAUUGAGAAGAAAGUCUGAUCCGGCUGUCCUUCCAGCGCCUGUGCUCCGACACAUGGCCGACUCAGAGGACCCACUUUAACGUGCACACACAGCGGAAGGAUUGAGGCAAGAAGUCCAGGUUCAACCUUCAUGAGUUCAUCACACUCUUCAGUAGUGGAGGUGAAGAGCAGCCUCCCAUCAGGCAUGCAGAGCCCAGUAGGAACAGCGAGUGAGCAGAGAGGAGGAGGUGGAGAGGGUGGCGGAGGUCCAGGAGAAGGCCCAGAAGGUGGAGGAGGAGGCCCAGUGGACCUGCGGACAGAGCCCAGGGUGGGCUCUCUGUCUGGGGGUGCAGGAGCAGUCGACACGACCCUGAGAGAGCAGCAGCUCCAGCAGGAACUCGUGCUGCUCAAACAGCAGCAGGAGCUCCAGAAACAAUUGCUGUUUGCAGAAUUCCAGAAAAAACACGAAGUGCUCACGAGACAACACGAAGUCCAGCUUCAGGAGCACCUGAAGGUAGCUAGUCAGCAACAACAGGAGCUGUUGGCGGCGAAGCGGCAACAGGAGCUGGAGCAGAAGAGGAAACUAGAGCAACAAAGACACGAAGAGCAGGAGAAACAUCGACUGGAACAGCAACUGCUGCUGCUGAGGAACAAGGAGAAAGGCAAAGAGAGCGCCAUCGCCAGCACAGAGGUGAAACUCAAGCUACAGGAGUUUCUUCUCAAUAAGAAAGAGCCUGGCAUCGGCGGACUGAACCAUUCCUUCUCCCCAAAGUGCUGGGGAGCCCAGCACACCUCCCUGGAGCAGGGCUCUCCUCCGCAGAGUAACACCCCGGGAACUCCUCCCUCCUACAAACUGCCCCCGCUGCUGGGGAACUACGAGGGCAAAGACGACUUCCCGCUCCGCAAGACAGUCUCAGAGCCCAACCUGAAGGUGCGCUCGCGGUUGAAGCAGAAGGUGGCAGAGAGGCGGAGUUCUCCGCUCCUUCGCAGGAAGGAUGGAACAGUUAUCAGCACUUUUAAGAAGAGAGCUAUAGAGAUAUCAGUCUCCUCUCUCUGUAAUAGCGCUCCAGGUUCAGGUCCCAGCAGUCCCAACAGUUCCAAUUCAGCUAUAGCUAAUGGCAACACGGGAUCGGUGCCCAACAUACAGACUGAGCUGAGAUCUCUCCAUCAGACGCUGGGGGCUGAUGGGACAUUGAGUCCUCUGAAUCUCUACACCUCGCCCUCCUUGCCGAAUAUCUCCUUGGGUCUCCCGGCCAACACACACAUCACGCCCUCUCAGAAGCUGUCGGCUCAACAAGAAGCCGAGCGCCAAGCCAUCCAAUCACUGCGAGGGGGCGGAGCUCUAACAGGGAAGUUUCUAUCCACCUCCUCCCUACCUGCAGGGGUGGGGCAUGAUGUGGAGACACCGCCGCCCAGCUCUCAUUCUGCCCAUUCCUCGUUACUGCAACAUGUACUACUGCUGGAACAGGCCAGACAACAGACUGCUAUGCUAGCUGUCCCCAUGUACAGCCAGUCGCCGCUGGUUACGGCAGAGAGGGGCGUGUCCAGCGGCAUGCGGUCGGUCAACAAGCUGCCUCGCCACCGGCCAUUGGCUCGGACCCAGAGUGCACCUUUGCCCCAGUCCCCCCAGGCGCUGCAGCAGCUAGUGGUCCAACAGCAACAUCAGCACUUCCUGGAGAAACACUACAAGAUGCUAUCGAAGGGGGCAGAGCUUCCCAGGCCACCGCCCACCCACCCAGAGGAGACAGAGGAGGAGCUAACAGAGACCAAUGACAUGCAGGAGGAUGACGGAGGGCCGAGCCUUCACAGGCUUCAGAAAGAGGGCUCUGAUGACAGCACACCCUCUUCCGAGCGACUUGGCGUGCAUAUGAAGGGCGACGAGGAGCACGGGGGAGUGCAUGUGAAAGGGGAGAGUACGGAGAGCGAGCUGGAUGAAGAGGAGGAAGAAGAGGACGUCAUCCAGCUGAGGGAGGAUGACGAAGAGGAGAGAGGGACCUACACACAGGCCUUGCAGCAGCUGGGUGUGUUCCAGUCUUCGUUGUCCCACAGACCCCUGGGAAGAGCGCAGUCCUCCCCCGCAGCCACUGUCAAUCCCAUCAAACACCUCUUCACCACCGGGCUCGUAUACGACAGUCUGAUGUUGAAGCAUCAGUGUGUGUGCGGCAACGCUCACAUCCACCCGGAGCAUGCUGGGAGAGUGCAAAGCAUCUGGUCCAGACUGCAGGAGACGGGCCUGCUGGGCCGCUGCGAGAGGAUUCGUGGGCGUAAAGCAUCUCUGGAUGAGAUCCAGUCCGUCCAUUCAGAGUUCCACACUCUGCUGUAUGGAACCAGUCCACUGAAUCGACACAAACUGGACCACAAGAAACUGCUGGGUCCAAUCAGCCAAAAGAUGUAUGCUGUUCUCCCCUGUGGAGGAAUAGGGGUGGACAGUGACACCGUGUGGAAUGAGAUGCACUCGUCGGCAGCGGUACGCAUGGCGGUCGGCUCAGUCAUCGAGCUGGCCUUCAGAGUUGCGGCGGGGGAGCUGAAGAACGGCUUCGCAGUGGUUCGUCCACCAGGUCACCAUGCUGAGGAGUCCACCGCCAUGGGCUUUUGCUUCUUUAAUUCAGUAGCCAUCACUGCCAAGCUGCUGCAGCAGAAACUGGGAGUGGGCAAGAUCCUCAUUGUGGACUGGGACAUUCACCAUGGCAACGGCACCCAGCAGGCCUUCUACAGUGACCCCAACGUCCUCUACAUCUCCCUCCACCGCUACGACGAUGGAAACUUCUUUCCUGGCAGCGGAGCUCCUGAGGAGGUGGGAUCAGGUGCAGGUGUCGGUUUUAAUGUGAACAUAGCGUGGACUGGAGGAGUGGAGCCACCUAUGGGUGACGUGGAGUACCUCACUGCCUUCAGGAGUGUGGUGAUGCCCAUCGCUCAGAAGUUCAGUCCAGAUGUGGUCCUGGUGUCUGCAGGCUUCGACGCAGUCGAGGGUCAUCAGUCUCCUCUGGGAGGAUACAAUGUCUCUGCCAAGUGUUUCGGGCAGCUAACGCAUCUGCUGAUGGGUCUGGCGGGCGGGCGCGUUGUCAUGGCGCUGGAAGGCGGUCAUGACCUCACUGCCAUAUGCGACGCAUCAGAGGCCUGUGUUUCUGCACUGCUGGGAGACCCGUGUGACUCUGUCUUUCAGUGGCCUCAAGAGAAGCCAUGUCCAAAAGCAUGGGCCUCACUAGAGAGAGUAAUAGAGAUCCAGAGUAAACACUGGUCUUGUCUCCAGAGUUUGUCUCAGACAAGUGGCCACUCGCUAUUGGAUGGCCCCCUGGGGGCUCAAGCCCAAUCGGAGGACGAGGCAGAAACGGUCAGCGCCAUGGCCUCCCUUAGUGUUGAUGUUGAGCAGCCAAGCUCCAUUCCUGACAACACGGAAACCAGCAGGUCCACAGAGGAGCCAAUGGAAGAAGAGCCUGUACUGUAGGAGGAGCUUAAACAAGAACCACACAAAAACUCCACAUUCACCUCCUUCUGGCACCUCCUCUUCCUCUUCCUUCUCCUCUUCCUCCGCAGAGUGUGAGGAGGCACACACACAGCAGUGUGAGUGGAAUAGUGCCGUUGUGGAGGACUCCGAUUGGCUGAGGAGAACAGUACGGAGGCAGGAGAAGGCGGGGCUUAUGAAAAACAUGGACACGUUUGUUUUCUAUUGGUUCAUCAGCCCAAGGAGGAGCAGACGACUUGUUAGCAUCUCCAUGGAAACCAGAGGAGGAGCGGGUCAGCGAGGAGACACGUCUUGUGACCUAUAUACUUUACCACCUGUACACGGCACCACUGAAUUUUCCUUUCCACCACCCAGUCGCUCUUCUGUCUUUCUGUUUUAGUCCGUACUCCUCUGUUUCCACACAGCGGGACGACGACUGUGGGAAAACCUGAAUUUGAAUCAGAAUGAAUGACAACAAGCAGACGACUUGUCUCCUUGUCUGUCUGUCGGUCGGAGAGAGACGAGGCUGAGCGAACACAUGGAGGUUCGGCUGGUGGAGGAGGAAUAAUAACCUGUUUUUAAAAUGAGCAGAGGAGGAGGAGGAACUAGGUGCCUUUUUAAAAAAAAAAAAAAAAAA